AAACAAAUAAAUAAAAACCCCAAACCGGACAAACACACACAAAAAUAAAAAAGAAUCCAAUAAAUUUGGGAUUUCAAUUUCGCCCCAAUUUUCUUCUUCUCGUCUUCUUAUUCUUCUUCUUCUGCUCAGUGCUUUGAAUCUCACUCUUCAGCUACAAGAAAUCUGGUUCGUCUCCUCAAAACCCUAGAGAAAUCAUUUUUAUGUUGAGAUUUUGGUGCAAUUGAAGAAGAAAUGGAUGCAUUGUGACGUUUGAGAUCUUAUUGCCCUGGAAUCUGGCGUUAGAUUCAUUUGGAAGCUUUCUCUGCUCUUAACUGAUUAGUGGAUCUCGACUUCUCUGCAGGUUGGUUAUUGGUUGGAGAGUGUCGUUUUGUAAUCUUGGCGUUAACUGAUCGUGCUCAUUCGGUUGAAUCCAGCGUUUCUUUUCUGACAAGUCUUCUAUUUUGUUUGGUUUUUCCGAUUUCCGAUCCGUAAUUGAGUGCCAAAAAUCGUGCAUUGCGAUCUCAAUUUGUGUUCGGCUCAUGGUUAUGAUCGGUUCAUGUAUGAAUCUGAGAGAAUUUUGGUAAAAUCGGAAGAUCUGCACAUGUUUCUUGGAAGGAAGUUUAAAUUGUCGUUUCAAUGCUUGUGAGAGUUGUGCGGAUACAUGGUAACAUAUAUAGAAGCUUGUGUGUAGUGAUUGGUUAUGGUUUCCGAUCUUCUUGGAGAUUUAUGUUGAAGGAAUUAGUUAUCUAGCGGGUUUUACUUUUUUUUCUUUUUACCUUUUUAUUUGAUUUUCGAGACGGGGUUGAAGAUUUGGAUAUGAGAAGCUCUUGGUUCAAUAAAUUCUCUGCCAUUUUUGGCCCCAGACCGCCACUCAGCUGGUUACUUUUGUGCCUUGUUUGUGUGCUUGCGCUUAUUGCGGUCUUCGGUUCGUCUUCUUCUGGUGCUUUUUACUCUGUAACUCCGACCCGGGUUCCAGACAUCUAUACAAACUAUAGAAGGCUUAAGGAGCAGGCGGCAGUUGAUUAUCUGGAGCUGAGGUCUCUCUUUUUGGCGCCUAGCCGGCAAAAAGAGAUUGAUCUUUGUGGUAAAGAAAGAGAAAAUCAUGUGCCAUGUUACAAUGUUUCAGCAAGUCUUAUAGCUGGAUACAAAGAUGGAGAGGAAUUUGAUCGGCAUUGUGAGUUAUCAAGAGAAGGAGAGCAGUGUCUGAUUCGUGCUCCUAAGGAAUAUAAGAUUCCUCUAAGGUGGCCGACUGGUAGAGAUGUGAUAUGGAGUGGCAAUGUGAAGAUAACCAAAGACCAGUUUCUUUCAUCUGGAAGCAUGACUAAAAGAUUGAUGUUGCUAGAAGAGAACCAAAUUGCUUUUCAUUCGGAGGAUGGCUUGAUCUUUGAUGGUGUCAAGGAUUAUUCUCGUCAGAUUGCAGAGAUGAUAGGGUUAGGAAGUGACUAUGAGUUUCUUCAAGCUGGGGUUCGAAACGUACUAGAUAUCGGUUGUGGUUUUGGUAGCUUUGGAGCUCAUUUAGUAUCGCUAAAAGUAAUGGCCGUUUGCAUUGCGGCAUAUGAGGCAACUGGAAGCCAAGUUCAGUUGGCCCUUGAGAGAGGUCUCCCAGCAAUGCUUGGCAACUUCAUUGCUCGACAGCUUCCAUAUCCAUCAUUGUCAUUUGACAUGGUUCAUUGUGCCCAAUGUGGCAUUCUUUGGGACCAAAAAGAUGGGAUGUUGCUUCUGGAAGUUGAUAGAGUACUGAAACCUGGAGGUUACUUUGUGCUAACCUCACCCACUGGCAAGCCAUAUGGAAGUUCAUCAAAUAUGAAGAAAAGAAAUGCGUUAACUCCAAUUGAAGACUUGACCCAGGAUAUUUGUUGGAGCCUUCUAGCUCAGCAAGAUGAAACUUUUAUUUGGCAGAAAACUUCUGACACUAAUUGCUAUACAUCUCGCAAGCAGGGGGCUAUACCACUUUGUAAGGAAGACCAUGAGAUUCAAACAUACUAUAGGCCCCUUGUAUCGUGUAUUAGUGGAACCACCAUCAAACGCUGGAUUCCAAUCCAGAACAGGUCCUCUGGUUCACAAUUGAGCUCAGCUGAGCUUGAACUUCAUGGAGUUCAGCCCGAAGAUAUUUUUGAGGAUUUGCAGGUUAUGAGAGCAGCUUUGAAAAACUAUUGGUCUUUGCUUACACCCUUAAUUUUCUCGGAUCACCCAAAGAGACCAGGUGAUGAAGACCCGGUACCUCCAUUUAACAUGGUACGCAAUGUAAUGGACAUGAAUGCUCAUUAUGGGGGAUUAAAUGCUGCAUUUCUGGAGGAAAGGAAAUCAGUGUGGGUGAUGAAUGUUGUACCUGUUGGAGCUCCAAAUACUCUUCCUCUCAUUUUGGAUCAAGGUUUUGCCGGUGUUUUGCAUGAUUGGUGUGAACCUUUCCCUACAUAUCCCCGAACAUAUGAUAUGCUUCAUGCAAAUGGGUUACUCUCUGAUCUGGCCUUAGAGAGGUGCAGCAUGAAGGACUUAUUUUUGGAGAUGGAUCGGAUUUUGCGCCCUGAGGGAUGGGUUGUUCUUUCUGAUAAAAUGGGAACAAUAGAGAUGGCGCGCAUGCUUGCCACACAAGUACGUUGGGAAGCAAGGGUGAUUGACCUUCAGAAUGGAAGUGACCAGCGGUUGCUUGUUUGCCAAAAACCAUUCCUGAGAAAAUGAUUAUUUCGGCUUGGAGAUGUCUCACCAUUGUCGAAGUGUAUAAUUCCUUUCUUCCUCUGGUAAAAGCUCUCUUAUCUGUCACCAAACUGGCAAGUACCCAACGGUUGAUUAGCAAAGCGAGAGAGAGAACCAAGGUAAUGUUGUCUUGCCGGCCAACUACGAUGCCUCGAUAUUAUUUCCAGAAUACGAAGCAAUUGGAUGAUGGCUACUCUUUAUACUCCAUGCUGGGAUCUCAAGAACUUGAUCUUUCCAGUAUUGGGCAAAGAAAUGUGAAAGGUGUAGAUUAGAAGGUUUGGGCAAAAGUAACUGCAACUCAUUUUUUGUCACGGCGUUUGUAGAGCAAUUCAUUCAUCCAAUAUUUUUUUUUGGCAAUUUUUUCUCCAUCUUAUUUCUUUAUUGUAUUUUGUAUUGAACUUAAUGCUUUUGUACGAACAAAAUAUUCUGCAGUUGAGUAAAGAAAUAUCAGUGGCCACCAAA